ACGCGAUAGGCGGUAGGCGGGACCUUUUCUGGCGGUGGCUCCGCCCCUUGUCCUUCAGGCUCUCGCUGUACAGGUGGUAGCGUUGCGUCCCUGGUGCCAGUCUAUAGUCAUCAUCAUGAGCGGCGUUGUCUAUGGUCAGGGCACAGCUGGGGAGAUAACAUGGCCUAAUGGACUGGAGGAGAAAACUUCACAUGAAUCAAUCAGCAAGGAAUUAAAUGCACUCUUAAUUGAGGAAAAACAACUUCAUUUGUACGAUGAUCUCACCAAAGUAAACCCAGUUACCACUGAAACGGUGUUGAAGUGUCUUCAAGCCAGAUAUGCAGAAGAAGUGUUCUACACAAAUGCUGGGUGUACUCUUGUUGCAGUCAAUCCUUUUCAACCAGUACACAAAUUAUACAGUCAUGAGGUCAUGAAACAAUACCACAUUGCAUCUCACCCUCAGAGCUGUGCACCACACAUCUUCACUGUGGCAGAACAAGCCUACCGGAACCUACAAAAUCAGAUUAAUCCAGUAAAUCAGUCUACAAUUGUCAGUGGGGAGAGUGGUGCUGGGAAGACAUGGACAUCUCGAUGUUUAAUGAAUUUUUAUGCGACAGUUGCUGCAACCAGCUGCUCGGAAAGUUCUGACUUAACAGUGGAGCGAAUAGAGAGUAGAGUUCUAUAUUCUAAUCCAGUUAUGGAAGCAUUUGGUAAUGCUUGUACAUUAAGGAACAACAACAGCAGCCGAUUUGGAAAAUAUAUUCAACUCCAGUUAAGCAGAACUCAGCAGAUAAUGGGUGCUUCUAUCCAGACUUACCUCCUAGAGAAUACACGUGUAGUGCAUCAAAACUCUUCAGAAAGGAACUUCCAUAUCUUUUACCAGAUUUUUAAAGGUGCCUCACUACAUGAAAGAGAAGAAUGGAAUCUUCCAGAAAAUGCAAAGUUCUGCUGGCUUCCAAAUUCUGAGAAAAAGCUUGAGGAGGAUUGCUUUGACGUUACUAAAGAUGCCAUGUUGCACUUGGGUAUCGAAAAAUCAACACAGAAUAACAUGUUCAAGAUUUUGGCAGGUCUUUUGCAUAUUGGAAAUUUACAUUUCUCUGAAUCGUUUGAUGAAAGCCAAACAUGUGAAGUUUUAAGUGAUGCUAAAGAAUUCAUCAUUUCUGCUUCAAAUAUGUUAAAUAUACCUGCUGAUCACUUGCUGGACAGGAUACUUGUCCGAACUAUUACAGCCGGGAAGCAGCAAGUAUUUAAGAAGCCGUGCAAGAAAACAGAGUGCUACACAAGAAGGGAUUGUCUGGCCAAGACAGUCUAUGCCAGGUUGUUUGACUGGCUCUUGACCGUGAUAAAUGAAAGCAUUUGUGCUGAGGCUACUAGAUGGACCAAUUUUAUUGGUUUGUUGGAUGUGUAUGGAUUUGAAUCUUUUCCAAAAAACAACCUGGAACAGUUAUGUAUUAACUAUGCUAACGAGAAGCUUCAGCAACAUUUUGUAUCGCACUACUUGAAAGCUCAACAGGAGGAAUAUUCAGCAGAGGGAUUAAAAUGGUCUUUUAUCAGUUACCAAGACAACAAGAACUGUGUGAAGCUCAUUGAUGGAAGUCCAGUCAGUAUCUUCUCUUUGCUAAAUGAGGAAUGCCGUCUGAACAGGCCUUCAGAUGCUGGCCAACUCCAGUCUCGGUUAGAAAAAAUUCUUUCCCACAACAAGUGUUUUGGAUGGGACAAAUGCAGUGAAAAGCCUAACUUUAUAAUAUCGCACUAUGCUGGAAAAGUGACAUACCAUAUACAGCACAUGGCAGAGAAAAAUAAGGACCCAGUACCUCCAGAGCUCAUCCAACUUCUGCAAGAGUCUAAGAACAGCCUGCUUCAAAAGCUAUUUCCACCAGAUAACAAUAAAUACGCUGAUGUGGGCACACACAGAUCAGUUGUGACGUUAGUUUCCAAAUUUAAGGGAUCUCUUGAAAGUUUAAUGCAUAUCCUGAAUAACACAACCCCUCACUAUAUUCGAUGUAUCAAGCCAAAUAUGGACUGCGAAGCAAUGGUUUUCAGGAAGGAAGAGGUGCUUAGUCAGCUAGAAGCAUGUGGUAUUGUGGAGACCAUUAAAAUAAGUGCUGCAGGCUUUCCUCUGAGGAUUUCUUUUGAAAGCUUUGUGAAACGCUAUGGAUUCAUUGCACCUAUACAUUUGAGGAGGAAAAUGCAGAAAGAGAUGAAUUGUCCUACUGCAGAAAGAAUACAAGGUCCUGUACCAGUGGAGGGGAGUGAUGACUUAAAGCUUAUGUCACAAAACAUUCUACAUGUUGUUUUGCCACAACUACAACUAGACACUACAUCAAACAACACACUAGUACACUGCGGCACCACAAAGGUGUUCUUGACUCACUUGAUGAUUAAUGUACUUGAAAAGCAAAGAGACUUGGCUCUUUCCAGAAAAGCAUUUUGCAUUCAGAGCUGUUGGAGGCAACACAGACAUAGGAAGCUGGCCAGACAAAGGAGGGCAGCCAUGACUCUCCAAGCAGCUGUAAGGGGUUGGCUUGCAAGGAAGCACAUUGAGAGAAUGCACAAGGCCGCAGAUCUUAUCAAGAGGACAUGGAAAAAUUGGAAGGAACAGAUGGAAGCGUUAGCUGCGUGGGAGCUAGAUGACAGUACAGAAGUGAUGGAAAACACUACACUACUUAUGCCAGAUAAUGUUGUUAACUUCCCAACAACAAAUUCAGUGCAAAUCAAACAGCUGACCACCAUUGCAAUAUUCCAGUCUUGGAUUCUUGGCUUUGUGUUGUCCAGAGCACCACCCAUGAGGAAGACCGUGCUGGCUGGAGGCUUUAACAGGCACAUCCAUGUGUUAGCAUGUCUAAAUGCACUGACGAGAAAUAAUUGUUAUACGUUACAAACAAAUCGAUCAGAAAAUGGCAUCACAUCCAUCAGAGCAACUCCCCAGGGAUCUGUGAAGUUUCACUACAAGAGGUCUCCAUUGCAUUUUGCCAACAUAUGUCCGGCAGCGUUCAACUGUGGUCUAUUGGGAUUUAAUGAAAUAUUGCUGGAAAAAAAAGUCAAUUGAAGACUGUUGGUAUAAGCACAAAUAAUUUUAAUACCAUCUAGGAAAAUGAACUUUCUUCAGGGACUUCUGAAACAAUUAUGCACCAAAUAUUCCAGUGCUGCUAUUAUCGCUAGUGCAUAUUUAUAUAGCCUCUAAUUUUUAUAUACAAGAACUGGAUCUGUACAAAAUAUAUUUAUCCUAGGUUGACUUGUAAUAGCAGGUUAUGUUGUCUAUGUAAAGUCUACUACAAUAGAGAACGCCAUGAUUUAGUUGUACCCAUACCUUAAGGAGUAUUAGCUAGCCACAUUAUAUAUAUAUAUAUAUAUAUAUAUAUAUAUAUAUAUAUAUAUAUAUAUAUAUAUAUAUUGUGAGAUUUUGCACUGACCUACUGUAUGUAUGUAUUCUGAAAGUAGUCCUAAUGGCAGUAACACUAACUUAUAAUAAUACACAUUAAUUUGUCAAUCUGUACUAUAUUUUUUCUGUAUUACACAAGUAAUUUUUGAGUGUGGUGCGCUCGUCCGGCGGUCAGGAGACAAACAGUCAACAUAUAGACGUUGGGAUCCCAGCUGCGGAAUCCUAGCCCGGGGUGGCGAGUGCAGUAAGCCCCUUGCAGGUUCACUACGCUGCAGGCUCGGUCUUUGGGUGUCAUGGACACCCACGAGUUGAAAAGUCCAUUGGUCGGCAUGCCAACUGUUGGGAUUAUGACAGAGCGGGAUGUAGGGGGAGGUUAUGUGACAGUCGGUCUCCUGACCACAUCCCAUAAUUCUAAAUAUUUAAUAAGAUGGUUAAAUAUAAACAAGAAUCCUUAUGGUGUGUGUACACGGUAAGAUCCUUAUUAUGUUUGAUGUUGACUAUGCGAUUUCCUUGAACUCUGGUCACACAGCCGCCUAUGCUGCGACUGGAUCCCCUUGUGGUAGCACACAA